AUGGGCUUCGUGACCACAAUUCUUCACUCUCAGUUCUUCGUGCAGCCACCGGUUCCCUCCUCCAGCUUCUCCGGUCAAACGGUCGUCGUGACUGGUGCCACGUCUGGUCUCGGAUACGAAGCUGCAAAGCACAUACUGCGCCUAGGAGCGUCCAGGCUAAUCCUCGCAGUCCGCAAUGUUACAAAAGGCAAACAGGCUGCAGAAGGGAUCUCUUCGGCGCUGUCACUCCCUCCGAGCAGUGUCGACGUCUGGGAAUUAGAUCUUGGCAAUUUCUCAUCUGUAAAGCAGUUUGGUGAACGCAUUAAUACACUAGACCGCUUGGAUGCCGUGGUACAGAAUGCGGGCAUCAUGACCACCAAGUUUACCUUAGUCGAAGGAUGCGAGAGUCAAAUAGCUGUGAACGUUAUCAGUCCAGUACUUCUAGGCUACCUUGUCAUCUCUAAACUCCAACAGUCAGCAGCCAAGACUGGAAGUCCCGGAAGAUUGGCUUUCGUGGGCAGCGAUCUACAAUUCAUCGCACCGCUGAAAGAGAAGUCAACUCCAAAAAGUCUCCUCGCGGCUCUCAACUCCGAGGAGACGGCUGACAUGAGCAGCCGCUACGGCGUCUCCAAACUACUACUCAUGUGGGCAGUGCGCGACAUGGCACAACGAUACCCUUUUUCCGACCAAUCGGACGUACUCAUUACCUGCUUGACGCCUGGCUUAUGUCAAAGCAGCAUUGUGCGCGACGAAGAGAGCUGGAUUGUCAGCAUCCUCAGACGCUUUGCCAUAGGGAUAAUCGCACGCUCGACUGAGGUUGGUAGCCGCACUCUGGUCCAUGGAGUAAAGCCGGAGCUCGGCGAUGAAUGUCACGGUGCAUUUCUUAUGGACUGCAAAGUCUGCAAAGAUUUGACGGGUAACACAAAGACACCUGAGAUGGAAGAGGCAAAGAGCAAGUUCUUGGACGAGCUCUCUGCGCGCUUACGGGGAAUCUGCCCAGGAAUUAUUUAG